AUGGCUACGUCGUCUGGUACCCGCACGGCUCGACCCAGGUCUAGUACAGGUUCAAAACCUACGCUUCCUCGUCUACCCGUCCCCGAUCUUCACCAGACUCUCGAGAAAUAUGUCAGGUCUCUAGAGCCUUUUCUUCUGGAGGAUGCGUCCAGUGGAGGGUCUUCCUAUGAUUCUGCUCACAGUCUCCGUUUGAAAUGGGCGGAAGACUUUGAAAGCAGCCUCGGUAAAAUAUGCCAAGAGCGCCUACUUCUUCUUGACAGGGUGUCGCCACAUAACUGGCUUGAUGAUAAUUUCUGGUUGAAAAAGGCAUAUCACGAAUGGCGGGCUCCGCUGCUCGUCAAUUCAAAUUGGUGGCUGGCCUUCCACAACGAUCCUACGAUACCAGAGGAUGUUAUUCUUGGGCUGUGUGAUGCUACGAAGACAGGAACUACCCAUUGGCAAGUUAGAAGAGCUGCUUGGUUAGUCUAUCGAGUACUCGACUUCAAAAUCCGCUUAGAACGACAAGAGCUACACCCUAAUACCACGCGAGCAGGAAUUUGGCUUCAAGAAACUACAGCGAAAAUCUGGAAUAGAUGUCGUCUACCGCAACCGCAGUGCGACACAUUUACGUCACUCCCAAAGACAUCCAUCCCCGAGGCACGUACACUGCUGGUGGCAUUGCAUGACUGGUUCUAUGUCUUAGAAGUCCUAGACGAGAGCUUUCAACCGAUCAGGCCAGGCGAAAUCGAGAGUAAGCUAAGAGCCAUAGUUGCAGAUGUCGAGGACAGACUAGCUCGUGGGGAGCGAGCGGUACCAGUGGGCGUGCUCAGCGCAGAUGAUAGAGACAUCUGGGCCGAGAAUCUCUGUCAUCUCCUGGCUUUAUCUCCGAUAAAUCACGACGUAUUCCGUGCAAUCAGCCAAUCGAUCUUUGCCCUGAGCUUGGACCCCUACACCUAUGUGCUCCCUUCCUCCCCCAACCGGCCAAAUUUGCUUCCCGCAACGUGCACCGCAUCUGAAGUCACAGCGCACCUGCACAAUGUGCGCUCUGCACACACUGAGCACCCUGCGCACAACCGCUGGUUUGACAAACCCUUCACGCUCAUUGUCGAGUCGAACACGCGCGCGGGUGCGAUGGGCGAGCACUCGCCGUGCGACGCGCUUGUGCCGAGCAUCGUCGCGGAAUACGCUGUCGUGCAGGCUCUCGAUGAGCGUGCGUUCGCCUCCGAGGACGCCAACGCGACAGCGAACGGCUGGGAGCGGUUAGAUUGGAUUGUCGAUGAGCGCAUUCAGCGGGAAUGCGUGGCUGCGGAAGAGAGAGCCCGGGAGAUCGUCGAUGAUUCGGACGAUGGGUUCCUGUGGUACGGCCGAUAUGGCGCGGAUUGGAUCAAGAAUGUCGCUCGGCUAGCACCUGAUGCCUAUGUUCAGAUGGCGCUCCAACUCGCAUGGUUCAGGUCCCGCGGAAGCUUCACAGCGACGUACGAAACCGCAUUAACACGUCUCUUUCAAAACGGGCGCACAGAGACGAUUCGGACGCUCACCACCGACAGCCGUGCAUUCGUCCUGGCGAUGGUCGACCCGGAAGCCUCGUCCGACACCCGCCACAGGCUGCUCAGUCGCGCUGUGCAGACGCAUACGAAUCUGACUCGCUUGGCGGCUACUGGGCGCGGAAUCGAUCGACAUCUACUCGGGCUGCAGCAGAUGCUCCUCGAUGGGGAGAGCCAUGCACUCCUCGAGGAUGACCUGUUCGUGCGCAGUCAGACAUGGAAGCUGAGUACGAGCGGGCUGAGUACUGGACACCAGUUUCGUGGGACUGGCUUUGGUGCACCAUACAAUGAUGGCUAUGGGAUCAACUGUAAGCUUGGACCUUGUGAUUCUGACUUAAGGGAUGACUGGGUAUUUUCCUAG